AUGCUCGGGAACGGCCGCACGCUGGAGAAGUUACACUCCACCAUGAGCAUCAGCGAGGCAGAAAGUGGCAACAGCGGAAGCGGGGCCUUGAGAGUUCAGGCCGGCGCGAGUGACGAGUCAGGCAAGUUUGACAAGGCCAUGAAGACGUACCAGAGGUCCAUGGCCAUUAGGCGGCGCCUGGCAAACAUGUCGGCCAGCACCACGUGCUUUCCCGACAACAGAGGCGACGGCAGUAGCGGCAGCGGCGGUGCACUCAAUGAAGUGAACACCGCCGCACAGACCUCAUCGAGCUCACUACGCGGUCCCCAGCUCCGUUCAUCGGUCCUAAUCACACGCGUGGCGCCUGCGCCAUCCACCGCAUCUGUUGCCUCUUCGCAGCGUCCACGAGUGCUGCCGGAGAUAGCCGCCAGUGUUGUGAAGGCGUCCAAGACGACGGCGAUAACUUCGUCGCCGACGACCACACUUGGCGCCGGGUCCGCCAUCGAGACUUGCUCGUCAAUGACAGCGUCGAUUCCGCACGCGCACGUGCUGCCGCCGGUACUCAGCACAGCCACACGCCCAUCCAACCCACCUUUCACCCAGGAGAAAACGGCGCCAUCGUCCUCGUCGCCCCUGUGCGUGACUGUUCAGCUGCGAAGGAGCGCGAAGCACGGCAAUUCUGACCGAGACAAUGCAAAUGACUCCAGUAACGGCGAGGAGGACGCGGUGGUGCAGAAGAACACUCUCGACAGCAGCGCACCUAUCGACCCCCCUCGUCUCCUCCCCCUCGCCUCAGGAUGGGGGCUCAUUGCGUAUGACCCGAAGGUCGUCGCCGAGCGACAGCGCACCGCUGCGUGGCACAACAGCCGGAGCUUUGACGGCGGUACUCACGACCACGCUGACCAGCUCUCGGCCUCGACAACAGACUCGCGGCAGCCGUCGCAGACACCGUCUUUUCACCAGAUGAUGGGCGGCACCUACGAUGUGCCGACGCUGGGCACGAUUUUCCGCGGUCCCUGCAACGGUGUCGAUAGGCGGCAGCAGGGUCACCAAUCCCUGCUAGCACCACCUUCGUCAGCUCGUGCACCCAUACCAGCAGCGACGCUGGCACGGCUACACUCGAAGAAGUCAAUCACCGCAGCAGCCGUGGAACCCAUGUCGUCGCCAUCAGCGUCAACGAGCCUGCAGCUCUCGCCCUCACUCAUUUUAAAGUCGUCUGUAUCAUCCCCUGCAGCCGCAGUGAUACAGCAGGUACCUCCGGUACCGGCGUCAUCGUUGGCAGCAGCACGAGCCCAAGCAACACAGAUAGGCGACAACGACCUCUCAUACCUAGCGUCGCGCUUUCCUGCGCAGGUGGCAGCCGAGGAAGACCAACGCACCUCGCGCACGGCCGCUAAGGCCCGCCCAGAGGCGAACGAACGCAGUACAGGCAAAGGCCGUGGUGGUGUACACGCGGGUGAACCUCUUGCAAUGGUCAGGAUGCCAGCGUCAGAUUUGAACCUCAAGCCGAGCGAAGCGAACGUCACACCAACGGUGACGUCGCCGCUGGGCAAGAACUUGGCAAGAACGACAACGGCGCAAUUUUACUCCACUGCUUCACUGACGAAGACGUUCGACGGUGCGGAGUACCUCAAUGACUACAUCCUACUGAGCGACAUUGGAAGUGGUGCCACAGGGCGCGUCGUUCUGGCCUUCAGCCUCAGCAUGAACAAGACUGUGGCUAUUAAGAUCAUUCUGAAACCGAAAGAGAAUAACCGGUUGCAGCGUCGCGCGUCGGCCUCGACGCUCGGGUCCGGGCAGCGCAGCGAAAAAGGAGGCGGUAGUGGUAGAAGAACCGUGGGCGCACUGGCUACAACGGCACCUAAAGACAUGCAGAACUGUAUGCUGUCCUUCUCUUCGACUGAGAGACAGAGCGAGCGCACCAAGACGUCGCCGACCCCACUAACGACGGUUGCGGGCAAGACGCGUAAUGUGCAGCGCGAGAUCGAGGUUAUGAAGGACCUCAACCACCCCAACAUCGUUCGCCUUUACGAGGUCAUCAAUGACCCUAAGGCAAACUCCCUCUUCCUGAUCCUACAGUAUGUGGAUAGAGGCGCUGUCGCGCAGCUGGACUCAACCGGACACAUUCGAGCCUCGCUGCACCCGUGGACGCUUCUGCCGAUCGCCACACAAGUCAGUGACAGCCUCGUGUACCUGCAUGAGCAACAUAUUGUCCACCGCGAUAUCAAGCCUGAGAACAUCCUCGUUAGCCGCGACGGGCACGCCUUUCUCGCCGACUUCGGCGUGGCAGAACUGAUGAAUGGGGAGACAGGCCAACCAACCGCCGCCACGCUCGCCUAUCAGGGCACACCGCUGUUCAUGGCUCCUGAAAUUUACGCUGGGGUCGAUGACGAAGAGGAGGAUGAAGACGCCCAGCAAACGCCCGGUGGGUGCACACAACGGAGGAGCAGCGAUGAUUCUGGCCAGAGCAGCAGCAUGAAGGCGAGCCUCUCUCGCGAGGAGGAGCGAGGCCUGCGUGUGAUUGACCCAUUUGCCCUCGAUGUCUGGUCGCUAGGGGUUACCUUCUACACACUGCUCAUCGGCCAUGUGCCCUUCACCUCCAUGCUCCAGAUCCGACAGACGGUUCAGCAAGGGGUAAACAUACCGACCUCUCUCCCAGGGGAGUGGCGCACCGUGCUGCGACGCACCAUGGAGCCCCGUCAAGAGUCGCGGAUCUCCUCGGCUGAGCUGCGCCACAUGCUGCACGCGAUGCUAGCCGAGCAGGAGGCCGCAGAGGUGACGGCUGGUGAACGCAGCCGGAAGGAGUCGCGUAGCACAACGCUGAGCGGGCCUCGCAACGCUUCCCACCAGUCUAACACUGCGAGUCCAUCCACGCGUAGAGUAAGUUGCGCUGCUGACACGGGAGAGGAGAGUGUAAACCUUAGCAGCAGCAGCAGCGGCAGUGGCAAUGAAAGCAUUAUUAGUGGUAGUGGCCACCGCUUGGUUUCAUCCUCGCACUUCACCAGCGAUGACGACGGUGACAGCAGCGACGAUACAACUGAUACAAGCAGGCACGACCAUCGCAACCUCGACCUCAGCAUCAACUCCUCCGUCCUCGACGUACUGCGGCCGACGAACCCGAAAAAGAGGUGA